AACAUGGCGCUCGUUAAGUUUAGAAUUUGUAUGUUGAUGGUUGUAAUUUAUUAGAGUAGAAGUUAUUGUUGAAAUUGGUGUUUAUAAGCUGUUAUUGUUUAUUGACAGAAUUUUAACUAUUUAAAAAACACACCAAGAUUUAAACUACCAAAUGGCAAAUGUACUCUUAAGUGAAGCAGAAAAAACUUUUAUACUACAAGGUGUUGAGGACAAUUUUCGCUGUGAUGGUCGUUCCUGCAGAGACUAUAGACCCAUGGAACUGGAGACUGAUGUUGUAAGCAACGCAAGUGGUUCUGCUAGAUUACGACUUGCCAACACAGAUAUAUUAGUUGGAGUCAAAACGGAAAUUGAUGUUCCAUUUCCAGAAACUCCCAACCAAGGAAAACUAGAAUUUUUUGUUGAUUGCUCAGCAAAUGCCACACCACCUGAAUUUGAAGGUCGUGGUGGAGAAGAGUUGGCAACGGAGAUCAGCAAUAGUCUCGCUAGAGCUUACGCUUUGUUCCCUUUAGAGAAGCUGUGUAUACUUCAGGGAUUGCAAUGUUGGAAACUCAACGCAGACAUCCUG